AUGGGUAAACACCCCGUUAGCACAACCCCUGGCCUUCCUCAACUAAAACAUGAUAUGAUGUAUCAUCACGGUAUGGGAACUCAUCCGGGGACACCGAAUUCAAGAUCUCAUCAAAUGGGUCAUCACGGAAUGGAUGGCUUGGAAAUGUUGGAUCCGAUAUCAACGACGUCGAUGACAACGCUAACACCAAUGUCAGACACGUCGGGUGGCGGUCAUCAUCAACUUCAUUCGUCCAUGUACGGGCCCGGAAUGAACAUGAUGACCGGACAUCAUCAUCAUCACGGAGGGACUCUCGGAGGUCCGACGGGACAUCACGGAGGCCAUCAUCAUCCCGCCCACGCUCAUCAUUCGGCGAUGGCGGCAGCCGCGGCUGCAGCUGCCGCCGCCGGCCUUCACCCGGAUGCAGACACAGAUCCGAGAGAAUUGGAAGCUUUCGCGGAGCGUUUUAAACAGAGACGAAUAAAACUCGGCGUCACGCAAGCGGACGUUGGUAAAGCUCUUGCCAAUUUGAAACUCCCGGGCGUGGGUGCUCUUUCGCAGAGCACGAUUUGCCGAUUUGAAAGUUUGACGCUUUCCCACAAUAACAUGAUCGCGUUGAAACCCAUACUUCAAGCGUGGCUCGAAGAAGCCGAAGCUCAAGCCAAAAACAAGAGGAGAGAUCCGGACGCGCCGAGUGUUUUACCCGCGGGAGAAAAAAAACGUAAAAGAACUUCGAUCGCAGCACCGGAAAAAAGGAGUCUCGAAGCUUAUUUUGCGGUACAACCGAGGCCCUCGGGUGAAAAAAUUGCCGCCAUUGCCGAAAAAUUAGAUUUGAAAAAAAACGUUGUGAGGGUUUGGUUUUGCAAUCAGAGGCAAAAGCAAAAAAGGAUGAAAUUUGCCGCCCAACACUGA